AUGUUUGUGCUCUUUGUCUCGCAUCAGUGGCUCUCAAGGCUACAUCCGGACCCAGGUGGACAGCAGAUGGAGGUCUUGCGGUUAGCACUGGAGGGACUCAUGGAUGGAUCUCUACGUUUGAGUUUGGAUGGCUAUUGGGUCUUCUUUGUGGAUGAGACCCACACCACUCACGAACUGAGGACCCGCCUGCCCGAGGGCUACCUUUGGUUUGAUUGGUUUGGUGUCCCACAGGCCAUCUCAAGGACGAGGGUCUUCGAUGAGGAAGAAGAUGAUGUGAAACAGGCUGAGGCAGCAAAGGCUGUGGACAGUAUUCCAGCAUAUGUGGAGAGAUGCAAUUUGUUCGUGAUCCUGGCGCCAGAACUCUUUCAUCGGGACACUGGAAUGAUUUGCAAUUCCACGUCUUGGCAGCUGAGGGGAUGGUGUAUUUCUGAGCUGCUGUGCCAACAAUUGUCCAACAAGCCUGACACCACGAUCAUUACCCUUCAUUCUGCAAGGCAUGCCGAACUGAACUCCUGGCAGAUUGAUUGGGAUGCGGUUUCACAAAGCCACUUCACAGUGGAGGAAGAUCGGCUGAUGGUUUCAGAGCUGGUCCGGAAGUCCGUUGCGAUGAAGAUUCAGCAUGAGAGCCAGACCGGCUCGUUGGCAUAUUUCCGCUAUUUGGUCACCGGGCAAUUCAAACUGGCCAGGAGCCAAGAAAGGAGCACCAACUCCAUGCGGUCAUCCUGGACUUCCAGCGAGUUUCUGCGACAGUUUCAUUUUUCUAGCCUGCAGGAGGCUGCUCAGGAGACGAGCUCCAUGCCUGGCUUGCUUUGUGCCGUCCUUUCGGGUGAUGUGCAGAUGAUUCGGACCUUGGUCGAAAGCAUGGCGGAUGUGAACCUCAGGUGUUACAACCUGGAGAAGAUUUGCCGACAGCCCAGUGGCCACACACCGCUGAUGAUUGCAGCCAGGUGGAAGCAAGAUCCAGCGGUGCUGCAAACGCUCAUUGAGCUGCGAGCAGAUUUGACGGCCGGCAGCCGCUUUGGGUCGCAGGUGGCUCAUUGGGUUCAAUUGCCCGGGCAAGUGCAGGUCCUGGCCGCUGCGAAGGUCGAUUUGGAAAGCAUGGGCUGCUUCCGACACCCUCCACUCGUCAGUGUCGCUUGCUGGGCCGGCCCAGACACCGUGGCGGAGAUGAUCGCCAAGCGGUGCGAAGUGAAUCCCACCAACGCUGGGGUCCACCCCUUGCAUUCGCUGACCGCCUGUUCCAAGCGCCAAUCUGUGGAGAAGGCCCAGCUGCUCCUGGAACACAGAGCUGAUGUCGACGCGCAAGUGUCGACAGCAGGAACUGGCAUUUUUGCAUGCAUGUGCCAUAGCUCCCAGAUGAUCUCCAACAUGUCGGACUUUGGAUCCUUGUCUGCGGCCACCAAACUCUUCGGAAGCCUGGAGGGAAUCACACCUUUGGGCAUGGCUGCAUUUUUCGGUGAUCAUUCUUUGACCAGGUGCCUAUUGGAAGCAGGAGCUGACAGAUCUAUUGCCAAUGCUCGAGGGGAUCUGCCAGUGAUGUUAGCAUCUGCUCAGGGGCACCAGGCCGUCGUCGACGAGCUCAUGAGCUUUUGA